GUCGGUGGGUCGUAGCAUCCUAUGUUAAAAUGACCAAAAAAACUGCCCCUUAAGUCCAAACAUAGUAUCUCCCGUGUCCUUCUGGUUUCUGGGUUUUAUGUGGUUGGUAAUUUGAGCUACAAUAAUUCUCGCUUCACUUCAGUGUCAGUUUAUUUAUUUAAAUAAUUCCCUUCGCGAUUUUCUUGCUGUAAUGGUGGUUGAGCACUGAGCUAGCUGUUGUUUAAACAACUUGAUUCUGCACAAGCAUAAGUGAGAGCGAAUAAAUAUUUUAACUACUCUCUCUUCUUUGUUUAUUUAUUUAGUUUCUUUCCCCCACUUGAAAGCUUGCGGUUUUGCUUUAAGUUGGAUUUGUUUAUGAUUAUGCAUGAGAAUUGAUGUGUCAUGUUAGAGUGUUGACAGUGUCUAGAUCACAAACCAAAGUCGCUUUCAUACUAAGAUUUGAUAUCAUGGACCACAAAACGUGGCUUUGGCGGAAAAAAUCUUCUGAGAAGACAAUUGUUGCUACUGACAAGGUUGACAUGUCUUUGAAACGAAUUGAUGAAGAGGUACAAAUGCCUCCGAUGGAGGGGCCACGAGAUAGAAUAGUGAAAAAUCUAAAUGAGAAGCUUGCUUCAGUCCUCCUUGAUUGUCAUGCUCAAGAAGAUCUGGUGACAAAAAAUGUGAAAAUGGCACCAGAAGCAGAUGCAGGUUGGGAAAAGGCAGAAGCAGAUGCAAUCUUUCUGAAGAAAGAGCUAGAAGAAGCUUUGAGGCAGGGAAAAUUGGCAAAUGAAAAGUUAACUCACUCAGAUGCUGCAUUGAAGGAAUGUAUGCAACAGCUAAAUUUUUUUCGAGAAGAGCAGGAGCAAAGGAUGCGUGAUGUUAUCAUGAAGACAUCAAGUGAGUUUGAGAAAGCACAGGAAGCAUUACAAGACAAGCUGACAGAGACAAACAGAAGGUUUGAAGAGUUGGUGGUUGAGAAUUCUCGACUGAGUAAGGCCCUGCUAGUCGAAGAAAAAUUGAUUGAAGAUCAGCAGAAGCACAAGUCUCAGGCAGAAGCAGAAUUUGGUGCACUAAUGGCUAGAUUAGAUUUCACUGAAAAAGAAAAUACAUUUUUGAAAUAUGAGUUUCAUGUCCUCGAGAAGGAGCUUGAGAUCCGAAAUGAAGAGAUGGAAUACAACCGUCGAUCAGCUGACUUAGCACAUAAGCAACAUUUGGAUGGUGUAAAGAAAAUUGCAAAGUUGGAAGCAGAAUGCCAGAAGUUACGUCUCCUUCUGCAAAAGAGGCUGCCUGGUCCCGCUGCUGUCGUGAAAAUGAAGAAUGAAGUUGAAAUGCUGGGGAGGGACAAGACGGAGCUGAGAAGAAGAAAGUUGAUUUCCACUAGAGAUUUGAUUAUCAGAGACUCUGCCACUGAAAAUUCUCCUGGUAAUCCAACCAAGAACAUCAAUCUCCUGUUAGAGCAAUUACGCAAUGUGGAAGAAGAAAACAGGACUCUCAAAGAAAUGAUGACCAAGAAAAAUGCUCAACUCCAGUCAUCAAGUUUAGUAUGUUCUCAAACAUUAUCGAGGCCAACACAGGUUGAGAUUCAGCCUAAAAAGCUGUUUACAGGACAGAACUCCAUGGAACUGCUAAGGAGUAGUCCAAUAUCUAGUGAACUAUCUCAAACAUCAGGUUUUGAUAGUGGCAGUAUUGAUGGAAUUAGCUCUUCUUGUUCAUGGGCUAAUGCUUUGAUUUCAGAAUCUGCACAUUCUAGAGACAGAAAACUUAGGAAUCCAAUGGAACACAAGGCGAUUACAGUUCCAGAAAUGAGAUUAAUGGAUGAUUUUGUCGAGAUGGAAAAAUUAGCCUUGGUUUCUGGAGGUGGAUAUAAUCCACUAUCAGAUGGUGAGGGAUUGCUUCCAUUUGGGCAGGGUCACUGUGGUUUCAGCAACGCAAAACAGAUCCACUCAAGAGAUGUAGCAGCUGAAAGAUCUUUUGAUUGGCUUCAGGUUGUUUUGCAUGCUAUCUCCGAGCACAAACGUAUUUCCAACCGAAGUUUAGAUGAAAUUCUCGAGGACAUCAAAAUUGCUUUGGGUUGUAGCACUCUUUUAACUGAUGGUGAUGUUAGUAAAACAGCAUGCUCAAUGCAUCCAAUAGAAUCUGAUGCUCUCCAUAUCAGCGGCUACAUAGGCUGGAAAUCUCCAAACACAUCUCCUUCUGUAGGUUCACUCAGUGGAGCUUCUAGUGUUGAGAACUCAGCACAAAAAACAAAGAAGCAACAGUUUCAAUCCAAUCUGGGCAAGUCAAUCUCUAAAAUCGUUGAGCUGAUUGAAGGAAUUGAUCUAACAUCUUACAAUACCUCUGCCAGUUGUCUAGAGAGAGAUCAAAGUCCCAAACAAGCAGCAGCUCAUGCAGAUUACUUUGUCCGUGUUUUUCAAUGGAAAAGUUCUGAAUUAAGCACUGUUCUACAACAAUUUCUUCGCACUUGCAAUGAUCUGUUGAAUAAAAGGGCUGAUCUUGAAAAUUUUGCUGGAGAACUCUCAUUUGCUUUGGACUGGAUUUUGAACAACUGUGUUACUCCUAAGGAAGCCUCAAGUGCAAGGGAUAAGAUCAAAAGGCAUUUUGGUUGGAUUGAAUCACAAAAUGAUAAAGAAGUUGGUUCCGAAGGGAAUGUUUUAGUACUGGAACCAGACGUGAUCCAUAUUUCUGAAGAACAAUCAUCAUGCUUAGGCUCCUUUGCUUCUUCACAUGACCAGAAUCAGAAUGUUAUCUCCAAAAAGGAGGGUAUUCGGUGUAGCUUGGAAGAAGAAAACAAGAGAUUAAAUGAUGAUUUAAAGAAUAUGGAAGCCAGGCUGGAGUCAGCAACUGACAAGAGUGAGGCCUUGACUGUACAACUUAAUGAAUCAGAACAAAGCAUUGGAAGCUUACAAACAGAACUUAAAAUAUUAAAAGAAACAAAGGAAAUGAUUGAGGAUCAGGUUGAAAAUCAGAAAUCAAUUAAUGAAGAUCUUGAUACCCAGAUUACUGUUGCAAAAGCUAAACUGAAUGAAAUCUUCCAGAAGUGCUCAUCUUUGGAAGUAGAGUUGGAGUACAAAAAUAACUGUUGUGAAGAGCUAGAAGCUACAUGUCUUGAGCUUCAACUCCAGUUAGAGAGUGUGGCAAGGAAAGAAACACCAAAGUAUGUCAUGAAUCGAGAGGGGAAGCAAUCUCAAAAUGGUUGGGAAAUUACAGCAGCUUCAGUGAAGUUGGCAGAGUGCCAAGAAACAAUUCUGAACCUAGGUAAGCAAUUAAAGGUGUUAGCCUCACCACAAGAUGCAGCACUCUUUGACAAGGUUUUCUCCAGCAGUGGUGCUGCCACCACUGUAAUGAAUAACAGAAAGGUGAACAGACGCUUCUCCUUGCGUGAUCGAAUGCUAGCUGAGGAUGGUUCUAAAGCAGAGUUUCUCAAGUCUCCCAAUCUUAAAGGAACUUUAAGCGUUGGAGAAGCAGAGAAUUCAUCCCUUCCUGACUCCAAUAAUUGUAAGAACUUGCAAGCUUCUGGUUUGGUGGUACAUACGUCAGAAGCACAUGUUGGUUCCAAGAAGGAAGGUACUAACACUGCAGUUAUGGCUUUGGCUAUCGUGCCAAGCAAGAAGCAAGGAGUUGGUUUGCUAAGGAGGCUGCUGUUGAGAAGGAAGAAAGCUUACAGUAAGAAAUCUCAUUACCAAAAGACUGACUAGUGACUGGAAAAGGUGAAGAGGCUAGGUGAAAACUCCCUGGUGAUAGGGAGUGAAGACACGGCCACUGAAGAUAAUACACUGGUAGUUUUCAUAGUGUGGGGAUUGGUUUUUUGUUUGAUUUUUCCACCUUAAUUACUGAGUGGUGAGAGCUUGUAGCCUCAUAGUCCUUUCUGCAAAAUUCAUAAUAUGGGAGAGAGUGAGAGGUGUAUAGUAUCCUAAUAUGGCUUAUGUAUAUUUCUGGGUUGGAGGGUGUUUGAAAACCAGAAUAACUACAGUUUGAGUCAGUGGCUUUAACCAGAGAACUAUCAUUUGUGACAUUUGAUCAUCAAAUUUUCUUUGACCAA